AUGUAUGGUGACUACGAGGCACAGCGCCACUGGAUGGAAAUCACGCUGCAUACGCCGCUGAAUGAGUGGUAUGUCGAAACGGAGCGGAACCCCCUGCAGUACUGGGGACUCGACUAUCCUCCUGUGUCAGCUUUCCAGUCGCUCCUGUACGGCGCCCUCAUCCACGCCGUCGAUCCAGGGACUGUCGCGCUAGAGAGCUCAAGGGGCGAGCGCGGAGAGGCGCUCCAAUCUCGCUUCCUUAUGCGGAUGUCCGUCUUGUUGUCAGAUGUAGCUUUUAUUUUUCCAGUGGCGCUCGUGCUCCACCGCGUGCUGCCAUUGACGACGGCAGGCUCUCAUGGUCAUCGACGAGGGGGGUCACGUGACGCUGGACCAGGAGUCGGUCGAGCCACCUUGGCGUUGGCAGCAGUGUGGCUGCUCCAACCAGGUCUCAUCUUGAUCGAUCACGGACACUUCCAAUACAACGGCAUUUGCCUCGGCCUUGCGGCGCUCGGCGCUCUCGCAGUGAUGUCGGGACGGCAGAUUUUGGGCAGCAUUCUAUUCUGCAUCUCGAUCAACCACAAGCAAAUGGCAAUGUACUACGCACCUGCAUUUUUCGCCCAUCUGUUGGGCUGGUCCUUGCAGGGAACAUCAUGGCUUGGGAAAAUUGGCAGGUUGUCGACGCUGGGCGUGAGCGUGCUUGCCACAUUCGCUGUCAUCUGGGGACCUUUCGUCGCAUCGGGAGUGUGGCUCGACGUGCUCCAGCGGCUCGUACCCGUGAAAAGGGGCCUGUUUGAAGAUUACGUGGCGAAUUUCUGGUGUGCGACGCACCCGGUCUUCAAAUGGAAGCUUUUCGACCAGCAAAUCAUGGUGAAACUCUGCACAGGGGCCACACUCCUGGCGCUGCUGCCGUCUUGCGUCCACGAAGUGCUGCGGCCCUCGUCAACCGGCCUCCUCAGGUGCAUGGCGACAUGCUCUCUGAGCUUUUUCUUGUUCUCUUACCAGGUGCACGAAAAGUCGAUUCUCCUCCCGGCCGUGCCGAUCGCACUGCUGGCCUCGCAUGAGCCAGAGACUGCAGUGUUCUUUUCCAUGUUGGCAAGUGCGUCGAUGUAUCCGCUCAUCGACAAGGACAACCUGACUCUACCGUACAUGGCAACAAUGGUUACUUUCAUCGCCGUUUGCGCGUGGCCACAGUGGGCCGCCGCGCUUUCGAGCUUCAAGCAGCGCCGGCGACGUGUCGAUAAGGCCCUCCUUCUCGUCAUCGCGCAAUGGCUCUCCCUUCUCGGAUUUGGCAUCCUGCACAUCCUUCGGAUCACGCUGCCCGCGCCGGUGCGCCUACCGUUCCUACACGAUAUGCUCUUCACGAGCUUCAGUUUCGUGCAGGUUGGCGCAGUGAUGCUGUACUUGAAUGUCUCUCUACUGCUUCCGCGGCAUUUGAAGCAAGAUUGA